AUGCUGGUGAUAGUUACAAUAGUAUAUGGUGUCUGCUAUAUCUCAAAUUUAAUUCUCUACGUAGUGUGGUAUGUUUGGGACGCAGAUCUUAUGUAUACCAUAAACAAAGUUUUUCUCAUGCUAAUAUUAAUAAAUUCAUGUGCAAAUCCGAUUAUAUACGCUGCGCAAAACCGUCAAUUUAGAAAAGAGAUGGCUGGUGUUUUGUGCAAAUGCUGUAAAGACCCUCGAAAUCAUAAGAUGACACUGACACCCUUGAGAGGUUUCAAUCAAAGAAGGGAGACAGCCUGCAGGAACAGAUAUCUAUCGAAUGUCAUUAGGAGCAACAGAGUAGUAGAACUGUCAUUUUACAUUGAUAUGGCAAAGGGUUAUACCAGUGGUAGGCACGCAAAUGGCAAUAACGAAGAGGCAAAUAAUGAAAAGAAUAACUCCACGGUGUCUAAAUACAAGGACCAAUGA